AGCGAGUUGACUGAUCACGUGAAUAUCACCAUGGUUCCCCGCGAAGCUAAAGUGCUACAUGCUAAAUCGCGAAGCAGCUCAUUUAGAAACAUAGUAAAUGAGCAGCAACGAAGUGUGCUUGCUCCUCGGGGCUACGGGCGUCGGGAAAACCUUGCUUUUAAAACGUCUCCUCAAGCUCAGUCUGCAUGGGGCCAAUGAAGUGGAUGGUUGUCCACAGACCCUGCCAACAGUAGGAACCAACCUGACAGACCUGACACUAAGGAGAAAGAAGCUGACAGUGAGGGAGCUUGGAGGCUGCAUGGGCCCAAUCUGGCCCAGUUACUUCAAUGAUUGCUCAUCUGUCAUUUUUGUGGUGGACUCGGCCAACAUCGCUCAGGUGUCAUCGUCGUGCAUCCAGCUGCUGUCUGUGCUCUCCAAUGAAGCCCUACGAGAAGCUUCUGUGCUUAUAAUCUUCAACAAGAGGGACAUGCCUUGCACGAUGAGCCUAGUUGAAAUGCGGUCCCUGUUCCGGCUGGAUGACGUGGUAGCCAGCGCUCAUCAGACAAUCACCACGCUGGAGGCAAGCGCUCGCACUGGAACGGGACUACUGGAGGUGUUAACUUGGCUGGAAUCCAUUGCCGUCAAGUGA